UUUUUUGUAAUCCCAAGUACGUACAACAACUCUAACCACCACCACUCGUGGUUUAUUGUUGAAAUAAACUAAACUCCGAAGUAGAAGGCCGUCGGAAAAGCAAAAAUCAUGCCGAUGAAAAAGACUACGACUUUGCUUGCCGGAGCGCAGGUGGCGUCGGCUUUAAAGCAAUCCGGUGAAGAGGGAGGCGACUCGAAGAUGCCCUCGAUGAAGUCGGGGGGGGGGCGGUUCGCAUCGCCCACACGCCGCGCACUUCGAAGAUGAUGGAGGACCGAGUUGCACGUACAGAAUGAUUUCGCCUUGAGCUCUCACAUUGUGCCAUAAUAUUCUCAUGGCUUUGUAGUUUGUGUUUCUUUUUCUUUGCAAGGACCACCCUCUUGUAAACUUAAUAAUUAAGUUUAGAUUUCAUUAUAUUUCCCGAUGAACUCGGAUGGUGAUGGUUUCCAUCGGUCCCCGCCAUUACUUGCAGGUAAAAUGGUACGAGGGACGAAGAUGCAGGUCUUCAACGGCCUCGGAACACCCGUGGCCAGUAGUGCGGACGGUGAGACGCAUCUUCCGGGGUUCGGAACCGAAGUUGCGGCGUCGACGAUGGAAAAAGCUUCGCUUCACUCGACCGAGUCCAAGAAGAACCUCCAGCACAUGUCUGUGAAGAAAGAGCCACCAAUUUGCUGUUUUUCCAAGGACGGAACUAAGGACACCCUUUACUACGACCAUUGCUGGCUUUUUGAAGGCAGGGCAAAAGGAUUUUGGACACCGUGUCAACAUAACAAUUGGACCCACCUUUCAACUGCUGGCUUCCGCGUCGACAAAGCGGCUCCGUUUGUGCAUGCGGAAUAUAACCCGCUUGGGCUAGCCUGCGGGGGGGGCGGCGUAACUUGCUUCGCUGACGCCUUGACUACUAACUGCCCCCCAGGCGGCAACGGCGACAACGUGGGAGACAGAGAUAUUCAGGUGUGCCAUGAUGUAUGAAACAAAGUAACUCAAAUCGUUUUUACAUGAUCAUAUGUAUUGCACCAUCAUCAUCAACAUUUUAUUGAUUUAGUAUAAAAUGAAUCUAUUACGAAUACGAUUACGAUUCGUAACAACACCGCGGUGCGCGGAAAUUCUUGCAUUCGUUGCAGCUACUCUUUUGCCCUGAUGUAAAACGAAAUGCAUGAAAAUAGACCACUGUCGCAUUUUGUCACGUCGUACAACUACAACCUACUUGUUCGCCAUUAUGGUAUUCGAAUUCAUCCUAACCGAAACUGCAUGCGCCACCCAUCUAUUUUUUGUUCGUUUAGAAGUCUGCAAGCCUUUUAAGAUUUAUGUAGCGCAUCCCGGACAGACCAUCGUGCUACUGAUUGAGCCCGGAAAUAAAUUCGAAUAGGACUCACCUACAGUCGAUGUCGCAUUCCAACAUCACAUGUCGAGGAUUGCUUCCCUCUUCCCCUCGUCUAUUCCCUUUAGCACAGUAUUAUAAAUAUAUCUCACCUUGAAGAUGAUAGUCUUUACCCGAACCCGUCGAGACGUAGGAGAUCUGGGCCCAGUCAGACCAAGCGUGACUGCAGUGGAGUGGGAACUACUCCCCUACCCCUAGUACAGGAAUUUCAAUCUACCCGCCUCUAUUUUGCCGCCCCCGGCGUUUGAAUG